AACCUAUGAGCUACACCAUUAAAAAAAAAAAAAGAAACGGGAAGUUGGACAUAGACAUUAAGUAGUUUCUCGAGGUUGCUGCACGUUAAGUACUAUUUGUUGUAAAGCUUCUGCAUAUGCAUAUUCUGUCUAUUUUGGCGCCAACUGAGAAAUUAAUUUAAACCGUUUUACUGUCCUGUCUAGCUCUUUCGUCUGGUGCCAAAUGAUCAAAUGCUGCGUUAGCCCUGCAAGCCAAUUCCAGUAUUCCACGAAAGAAGAUGGUCCAAAGCCCUGCAGCAAUUGAGGUUGUUUGAGUAUGACUUCUUCAGAUGGGUUUUAUCCCUUUCCCUUGUGGAAGAUUUCAGAAACGUCCACUCAGUCAUCAGCGAGUGCAUCAGUGGUCUCCGGGAAUGAAGAAACCGGCCAAUCUCAGACUGCUGCACAACAGGUGGAGAAAAGGAGCGACUGGAGUCAAGGGCCAGCAGUGACAUGUUCAGAUGAACAACCAGUUAUGGAGACCCAACUUGUGUGUCCCUCGCAUGCUUGUUUACAUCUGAAAGAGGUUGUCGUCUGCCAAACACAGGACUGUCAGAGAGAUCCACCACUGGGUGUUAUUGGGUCACUAUCUCCUUCACCAGAGCAUAACUCUCAACCUGUUAACUCAGAUUACAACCCUUUGGAAUUACAGGAUGGGAUUGCUUCAGAGUGGGUACCCAGAACACAUAAUGCAGAUGAAAUGUUCAGUCAGGAGGACCCUGUAAUGGCUGGAGGUCUGUCACCACACCUUUUUCUUGGAUACAGACAGUUUACAGAGAGCUCAGAAACCCUUGUUGGACAUGGCAGUAUGGUGGAGCAUGGGGAAUCUGUAUUACUGUUGAGUGAAGCUAGCACAGAUGGAGAACCUGCCAAACCUAUGCCUAAUGAGGUGACUGCUGUUGACUCUGUUGAGAAAAGCAGUCAGGAUCUUCUAUCCAACUCUGGAUAUGUAGCACAUAAUGUGUGUCUGCAGCUGACAGAAGUUGUCGUCUGCCACACACCGGACCCCCACACAGCUUCAGCACUGAAUGUUCCUGAGUCAUUAUCUCCUUUUCAAGAGCAUAACUAUGGACUAGUAAGCUCGAGUGAGCCUAAUGCCCCUGUUGAAUUACAGGAUGUACUUGCUUCACACAUGUCACCGAGAGCAUAUAGUGGGGAUGAAAUGCUCAGUUUGGACCCAGUAGGCGCUGCGGUUCUGUCACCACCUCCUGUAGCAUCCACAAACCUUGCCGAGUCUUCAAGAAGACUUGCUGGACCUAGCAAUGUGUUUGAGCAUGAGCAGUCUGUAUUAUUGUUGAGUGAAGCUAUAGCUAACACAAAUGGAGAAGCUGUCAAACGUGUGCCAAAUGAGGUUACUGCUGUUGGCUCUGUUGAGGAAAGCUGUCUGGAUCCUCUGUCUAGCUCUGCUACUGCAGUCGUUUGCCAUACACAGGACUCCCACACAGCUUCAGCAAUAGGUGUUUGUGGUGCAUUAUCUCCUUCACCAGAGCAUAACUCUGGACCUGUGAGCUCAGAUGAGCUUGUGGAAUUAAAGGGUGGAAUUACUUCAGAGAAGGUACACAGAACACGUAUUGCAGAUAUGAACUUGAGUCUGGACCCUCUAACGGCAGGACGUUUGUCACCACAGCCUUUCUUAGGGUCCAGAGACCUUAGAGAGACUUCAGAAACCCUUGCUGGACAUGGUAGCGUGGUAGAGCCUGAGGAUUCUGUAUUAUUGGUGGGUGAAGCGGGUACAGAUGGAGAAGCUAUCAGACCUGUGCCAAAUGAGCUGACCGCUGUUGACUCUGUUGAGGAAUACUGUAAUGAUUAUCUCUCCACCUCUGCAGGUGCAGUGCACAAUGUGUGUCAACGUGAAUGUGUGGGCAGUUUGUUUCCUCGCUUUUUGGGGGAAGAAUACAAACAGCAACAUGCUUUAUCUUAUACAGCAAAUUCAAAUGGAGCAUGUCCAGAUAGUGAACCUUUGACCAAGUGUGUGAUACAGAAAGACUCUCUUGUGGCUGCAGAAACUACAGACAUAAGUGGCAAAGAAAAACAGACAAGAUGCAGUGAGACAUUGCAAGAAAACCCUGAACACUCUCAGACAAGCGCAGAUUCUGAAUCACCCUACAGCUUUAGACGGAAAAGGCGAUACCCCCCCAGCAGAAGCAGCAGUUCAGUAGACCGCAGUUCUGCACCAGUCAGCGCAAAGCAAAGUUGCCCAGUGCUGGAGCAGACAUGCAGGCCCAGCUCCCCGCCAGUGGAGGGCUGCAGCCAGGGCGCCCCAGCUCCCCUUACCGUGCCGGCCAAGAAGAGGCGAGGAAGGCCACGGAAGCUGCAGCAGCCAGCCAGUCAGAAUGAGGUGUCAUCUACAGGCGUAGUGCCAGCUGGGAAAGCCACCCUCGGGUCUCCUAUAGCCUGUGAAAGUACUCUGACAGAAGACUGUCUGGAGGAGUCAGCAGACUCAAGCCUGUUCACCGGAGGCUACCAUAAGAGGAAAGCAGCAGCAGCAGCAGCAGCAUCAACAUCAUCCACAGCAGGUGGUGAAACUGAAGGCCAAGGGAGUAGCAGCUCUCUGCCUGUCCCACCCCUCGUCUUGAGCUCUGAUGCUCUUUUACAGGAGUCAGAGCGGCCAGCGGCGUCCUGCUUAGACCUUUCCCUUGAGCAGAUUCUGCAGGAUGACCCUAUGCCCCUCACCCCACUCUCUCUGCCAGAGGAAGAGGAGGAGGACGAAGAUCCAGAGGAUGAUGAGGAGCUUCCCAGCAUUCUCGAAAGAAAGCCCUUGUCCAUUACUGAGGGAUUGUGUGUCUGGUGCAAAUUCCGGAAGUACCCUUUUUGGCCUGCUGUGGUUAAAAGUGUGAACCACAAGAAUAAGAAAGCCAGUAUUGUGUUCAUUGAUACCUUUCUGAUUGAUGAAAAGGGAAUUAGGAAAGGUCUCACCGUGUCCCUGAAAACCUUGAAGCCCUUUGAUUGUGAAGAGGCAGAGGAAAUGACGGAGCAAGCCAGGCAGCAGUAUGGUGAUGCAAUUACAUGGUGCUUGGAGCUCAUAUACGACUACAGAAUCCGCAUCGGUUGUGGGUCUUUCUCCGGCUCCUUCAUAGAGUAUUUUGCAAAUGAUAUCAGCUGCCCCCUCAGGCAGAUGUACUCCCAGGGCCCCUCCGACCUCACCUUCCCCACGCAUCUCAUCGUGGAUGACCUGUGCGACACCUCCGAGGAGGACGGUGCCGGCGACCAGGCUGACGAGCACCAGUGUAAGAAGAUGCUCCCUGACCGGGCCAAGGCUGCGCGGACUCGGGCCAACGAGAAGCUGGUGGAUUUCAUUGUGAGGAAGCGGGGUGCAGAGAAGCGCCUGCUGGCAGUGAUCAGUGGCCAGGAGACGUCCAAGUGGCUGCGGGCGCUUCAGAAGGCCAGCCGCUUCGUGGUGGACCCCUACCUGGAGGACGAGGAGCAGGUGGACCAGGUGUACCGCUACCUGGACGAGCUGCUGAGGAGGAGCCCGCAGACCUUGCCCUGCCUGGCCAACCUGGAGAGGAUCCCCUUGAUCUUGGACGUGUUGCUGCCAGAGGCUCUCAUCCAUGCCAUUGCGGGAGUAGACGAUAUACCUUUAGAAGAGGCUGAGGAUAAAUAUCGAAAAGGACCCUGCAUAAGCAAACGGGAGAGGCAAGAGUUUAACAUGAGGAUUGAACAGCUGAUGAAGACUCUCAAUCAGUGUAAACAUGUACUGUAAAACUGCCCUGAUCCACCGAGGAUGUGGACUGAUGUGGAGUUCUUCCCAUGAGCCCGUACACGUCUAUUUACAAAAGAAUUCAGCGACCAUCUGUAGAUUUUUUUUACUCUCUUCCUGUUGUGGUCUGCUGACAGUGACGGUGAAUGUAGUGACCUUCAUAUGCUGUUGGACAUAAACCCAUUGAUGGGCUCUGUGCAAAAUUUGUGGACAUUUUGUGAAGUUCAGUUGGAGUCCCUGGUUGUGUUCAGUUGGAGUCUGUGUCGCUGUGAGUGGGCUGUGGCUCUUCUGGACUCCCAAAAAGGCUGGCUGUGUUCAGUUGGAGUCUGUGUCACUGUGAGUGGGCUGUGGCUCUUCUGGACUCCCAAAAAGGCUGGUUGUGUUCAGUUGGAGUCUGUGUCGCUGUGAGUGGGCUGUGGCUCUUCUGGACUCCCAAAAAGGCUGGCUGGACUGCGUCCCAGAGGCCACGUGUCCCAAGUCAGGACCGGAGAAUCCUCAGGACACAGUUGGGAAAUACAGCUUUUCCUUCUGACGAGGAUGCGUCCAAUUAAUGUGACGGAUCUCAAAAGGUACGAGCAAAUGUUGAGGAGGACCAGUUGAGGAUGGCCAGGCCAGCACAGCACUGCCCCUGAGGUAGCUCUCCUCAGCUGAGCUGCUGCUUCACUCUCUAAGUGGCAUUAAGGAGUCCCUCUCUCUCUAUAGCUAUGUGGGUUACCCAUUAGUGUCAUUUGGUGCAGCUGUUAAAAAUGUAUGUUCAAAUAUGGUUGAAAGACUGUGCCCCAUUUGUGUCAUACAUUGACAUGUAUCCCACAAUGUUUGUUGUGUAUAUUUUUAUAUAAACAAUAAUUCUUAAUUUUCAUAAAUAUUUAUCAUUCUAUUUAAUAUUUUAUCAUACGAAAUAUUCAAGCCAAUUGCCAUUGCUUUCUUGGAGAUUCAGUCUCCAAUUAGUGAUAUUUGUUGUGGAAAACUGAAAUGCUUCUGCACUUACAUUUCUGGCCUAUACAGUGGAAAGCAAAAGUUUGAGCAAACUCGUCUACAUUUCUCUUCCUGUGAAUAUGUGAGUUUUGACCAAGAUCAUUAGCUAACGGAUUGUUCAUGAUCACUGUUGAGAAAAGCCAAGUGAUGCAAAUUUGAAAACUUUGUAAAUACUCUCAACUCUUCAAACCUUAUCCCAACAAGGUGUGUAAAGACCACAGUAAUAUUUUAGUUCAUUUAUCAUACAAAUUGCAUCAUUUUUGUAGGUCCAGAAGCAUUCUCUUUUUUUUAUUUUUUAUAACAGCUAAACUAAUUACUGCACCUUUGUAACAUCACCUGUGGGAACUGCAAGUGAGUGCUUUUGCAGAUCUGCUGCAUGUUUCUUUUGCUUUGUGUUUGAAUGUGUAUAUAGUUAUGCAAUGUACAAUUCAAUUGAACAUUUGUCUGAAAGUGUACAUGAUACUCAUUGACAUUGGCUCCUUGAGGUUCAUUGUGCCCAAGGCACAAAAACGAGCAAGGCUCAAGUUUUCAAAACAUUAUCCACUUUGUAAUAAAGCUUGUGGAAUGAUGAGAGAA